GCUUUUCGCUGAGCUAUAUCGGCCGAGCCAAACGCGUACCGUAACUACAUGCCAGAUGAUGCACUGAGGGUGGUUUUUAAUAAAGACCACCCGCUAUGCAGUGCUGGUGCUCGGUGCACGCCUUGUAGGUAUUUGUCUGGCAGGAUAGACAGAGUGUAGAUAUCAGGAAGCUGAAGAAAAGAGAACUGUGAGAGCAAACAGUCAGGAGGCCACGGUUCCCCCUCACACACAUACAUACAUCACCACGGCCUUGAUGGUGAUGUAUGCAAGGAAACCAACAAGAGUCAGCGAUGGGUGCAACGACAGAAGGGAUUCGCAAUCCUAUCAGACCCAUAAAUCUCAGCCAAAGAGCCAGUCCAGCAGCCUUCACCGUUAUGACAAGGUGCGCGAUGGCUCGUCAGACCCCACGCCCCCUUACAAGAUGCUGCGACGCUCAGAUGAAAGUCCUGUCAGCAGACAUGGAGACGGCGCGGGACAUGGCAAGGCAAAGACCUCUCACACAGUUAAAGGAAGAAAUGGGACCAGCGGCUCUCCUCUGGAGAACUCUCACAACAACAGCUCCCACCAUGGCGCCGACUCGCAUGCGACUCAGAGCAAGCCUGCAGACAGGGACCCAGCAGAUGACUGGACAGAACACAUCAGCUCUUCUGGGAAGAAGUACUACUAUAACUGUAGAACUGAGGUCUCCCAGUGGGAGAAACCCAAGGACCUGUUGGAGAGGGAACAACGACAGAAAGACUCUGUCAAGAUGGCGGCGAACAGUUUCCCCAGGGACAUGGACUACAGACAAGAGGCCUUGCAGGACAAAGCCACAACAAAGACCACAUCAGGGGACACGUCCACAGCAUCCAACUCCGGCCAUUCCUCCUCUUCCGCUUCUUCUCAGAGCCUGAACUCUGCUCCUGGUGCUUUAGGUUCCACCCCCUCCACCAUCUCCUCCUCCUCCACCUCUUCCUCCUCUUCAGGGCAGGUGCCCCAGUCUGUCCAGUCCCCGUCACCAGCGCUGCUGCAGGACCCGGCCCUCCUUCAUCAGCUCCUCCCGGCGCUACAGGCGACUCUGCAGAUGAACAACGGCAGUAUGGACAUGGCUAAACUCAAUGAGGUCUUGGCAGCUGCUGUCACCCAAGCUUCCUUGCGGUCUGUGCUUCAUAAGCUCCUCACUGCUGGACCUGCUUUCAACGUCACUGCUCUGCUCUCAGCUGCUCAGCACUCCAACCAAGCCCAGCACUCCAGUCAGUCACCUGUCUCUCUGACGUCAGAUGCAUCAUCACCGCGGCCGUACGUUUCACCGCGGAACGGCACGCCGCAGAGCAACCAGAAAUCCCUUCUGGCUGUGCAUCCUGGCAGCAUCACAUCCCUACAAACAAGGGGCAGUAUGUCAUCAGGUAAACAAGGAUCAGUCCCCCUGUCUCAGACCGCAGAGAAGCGUCCAGAGGACCCCAGAAUUAUCCAGCAGAGAAGUCAGGAGAUUCUGUGCACUGGAUCAAACAUAUCUGGUGCUGCGUUGCCCCACGUCCCCUCCAGCAGCACCAGCCAAACCCAGGCCGACACCCCCGGCUCCUUCACCCCCACCUUGGCAGCUCAUUUUGAUGAGAACCUCAUCAGACAUAUCCAAGGAUGGCCUUCAGAGAACACUGAGAAACAGGCGGCUCGGUUGCGCGAGGACAUCCACAACAUGGGCAGCUUGUACAUGUCUGAGAUCUGCACAGAGAUGAAAAACCUCCGCUCCCUGGUCAGAGUGUGUGAAAUCCAGGCCACACUGCGGGAACAGAGAAUCCUGUUUCUGAGGCAGCAGAGCAAAGAGCUGGACAAGCUGAAGAACCAGAACUCCUACAUGGUGUGAGGAGCCGACCACAGAAGAAAAGACUGGGAUGGAUGGAUUAAAAUACUGGUUAAUAAAAGAGGAGUAGACAUGGACAGCGAGCUGCCAUAGCCUGUUUAUUCUCCCGACAAGAGCAACUGAGGAAAGCUGUUGGAAGACACAGCGGCCGACGAGGUGGAGCGACAUCAUCCUGAACAUGUCUUUUUCUUUCCUUUUUUUUAAAAAAAAAAAUUGCUUUUCCAGUGCCGCCACAUGAACGGUGACGCGUCUGACACUUUAACCAGUGGACAUAGAGGACCUGAGGCUCUUUUCAAACAGCACCUUUUUGGACUGUGAACCUUGGAUUGUGUGUAUUGUAUUGGGUUAACUUGUUUUCUGGUGUGUUUUUGAUGUGUAGUGGUCAGGAAAAGAUUACGACUCAUUCUUGGGGAAAAUCAGCGGAAACAAACCAUCUCAUAAAAAUCGGUGUGACACAGUUCAGACGGCAGUGUGAGCGGACUUCUGAAAUGGACUUUGUCAUGCGUUGGAAUGGCAGUGAUGUUACUAAUCUUAUUUUUUAGUCACUAUACGUGUCAGUGAUUUUGCCAUCGCGGUGCAUCUUCAAGCUGGUUGGUUUUACAUUUCAUGAGAUUAGCAAAGACAUUUGGCUGGACCUUUCUGAAAAUACUUAAAUGUGCUUCAGUUGUUUUGUCCCGGUUGAUGGGAAUGUCCAUCAUUGUCGGACACACUCCAGAUGUUUCAAAGUCAUUUUGAGAAAAAGCCUACAUUAUUGGACCUAGGUUGGCUGCUAGUGCAUAUAAGGUUACUGUAUAUUCAUUUGUAGCCCUCUUGGCCGCUUUGUUCUCCCUUCUGACACUUGUCUCUUUUACUUUUCUUUUUUUUUUGGUAUAAUUGUCAACAUUUGGUUUCUCUCCCAGGUCAGAGUCGGGGGAAAUAUUUCAUUCCUUUUGUGCAGCUUAGCAAGAGGUAAAAGAAAAGUGACUGAAUUUUAAAGUCAUGCACAGCUAAAUUAUCGUUGCACAUGAUUGAGUACGUCCUUGUAGUCAUAAUGGAAAAGAUCAAUGGAAAGUCGGUUUAUUUUUGCAGAAAAGGACAUCCAUGUUUUGUUUCACCAUUUUUGUUCCGCUGUCGUGGCUGCAGCCCUUUUAUCAACUGAUUCCAGCCAGAUUUGGCUACUUUUUUUAAAGGGUUCGUUCAUGAUGAGAGGGGAUACUUUUUAUAUGAGCAUCACAUUAAACUGCAGUCGUACAUUUCUUCACCCAUGAAGCAACUUCCUUUGUCUCUCGCCUGUUCUUUUCCUUGUCCUUGAGUAGUUUCCACCACAUCUGAUGUACACACUU